CGGCCUCAGAGACAGCCACGCAGCGUUCAUUACGCUCGGCCACUUGCCCCUGCUGCCCUGCUCAGCGUGCCGCUCAUGUAGAGAGAGAGCGCACAGCGCAUCCCAGCCAGUCCUCCUCCUCCUCCUCUUCCUCCUCCUCUUCGCUCUCAUUCAUACCAGGAUGGAUUUGCCCCGCUAAGAGCGCACAAGUCCACUUCAGCAGCUGGCAAGUUUGAGUGAGAACCACAGCAGACCUGYACUCUAUCUCUGACAUUCAUUUUUAUUUUUAUUUUUCAUCUUCCCUCUAAUUUCGGAGUCGUACAAUUAAGAAAAUGAUAGCAGCCCGGCUAUGUCCGCGGGCUGUCCUCCUGCUCUGCUUUAUCUCUUCCGCCGCCUGCAAUACGUUCGCUUUCACCGAGGAGCCCUUCGACAGAGCCGUGAAGGCGGACAGCUACUGCAGUCGGGUUUUACGGGCUCAGAGCAAUAGGAAGGAGACCAACAACGAGUUUCAACUCCAGGUUGAGGGGGAGCCUGAGCGGUACCAGCCSGGCAGCACAUACAGAGUGAGUCUGACUGCAACCAGCCCGUCUUACUUUAGAGGAUUUACCCUCAUUGCCCUGAAGGAAGGUGCAGAAGGAGACAAGGAUGAAGAYUAUGCUGGGAAUUUCCAGAUAAUUGACGAGGAAGAAACACAGUUCAUGACCAAUUGCCCCUCUGCAGUGACAGAGAGCACACCUCGCAGACGGAGCAAUAUCCAGGUUUUUUGGACUGCGCCCCCUAGUGGCACCGGCUGUGUUCUUCUAAAGGCAAGCAUUGUACAGAAGAGAAUCAUCUAUUUUCAGGAUGAAGGUGCAUUGACCAAGCGAAUGUGUGAGAAAGAAUCCUUGUAUGGRGACAGCACAGAUAAGCCUUUACUUGACUGCUGUGCCUGUGGAACAGCAAAGUAUAGAGUCAACUUCUAUGGGAACUGGUCAGAGAAGAUUCACCCCAAAGACUUUCCUCGUCGCACCAAUCACUGGUCAGCCAUCAUCGGUGCCUCCCACUCAAAGAAUUAUGUGCUCUGGGAAUUUGGUGGCUUAGCCAGCGAAGGUGUUAAACAGGUAGCUGAGCUGGGCUCACCAGUCAAAAUGGAAGAAGAGAUCAGGCAAAAGGGUGAUGAAGUCCUGACAGUCAUCAAAAUGAAGGCUCAGUGGCCGGCCUGGCAGCCUCUGAACGUUGCUGUCUUAAUCAGGCGUGCUGCCCCCUCGGCCGAAUUCUCCGUGGACCGAAGCCGCCACCUUAUGUCUUUCCUAACCAUGAUGGGACCCAGUCCAGACUGGAACGUGGGACUGUCUGCUGAGGACCUGUGUACCAAAGAGUGUGGUUGGGCCCAGAGGGUGGUCCAGGACCUGAUCCCAUGGGAUGCCGGCACUGAUAGCGGUGUGUCAUAUGAGGCUCCCAACAAUCCAACUGCACCCCCGGAAAAAAUCCGCCCUCUUACCAGUCUGGAUCACCCUCAAAGCCCGUUUUAUGAUCCUGAGGGAGGUGCCAUCACUCCUGUGGCAAGGGUCAUAGUGGAGCGUAUCGCCAGAAAGGGUGAGCAGUGCAACAUUGUUCCGGACAAUGUUGAUGACAUUGUAGCAGACAUUGCCCAGGAGGAAAAAGAGGAAGAUGAUACUCCAGAAACCUGCAUCUACUCCAACUGGUCUCCAUGGUCUGCCUGCAGCUCGGCCACCUGUGAGAAGGGGAAGCGGAUGAGGCAGAGGAUGCUGAAGGCCCAGCUGGACCUGAGUGUCCCCUGCCCGCAUACUCAGGAUUUUGAGCCGUGUAUGGGGCCUGGAUGCAGCGAUGAAGAUGCCUCCACCUGUAUGAUGUCUGAAUGGAUCACAUGGUCUCCAUGUAGCAUUUCCUGUGGGUCAGGCACACGCUCCCGAGAACGUUAUGUCAAACAGUUCCCUGAUGACGGCUCAGUGUGCACUUUGCCCACACAGGAGAAUGAGAACUGUGUGGUUAAUGAAGACUGCUCUCCCAGCAGUUGCCUGGUUACUGAGUGGGGUGAAUGGGACGUCUGCAGUGCAACCUGUGGUCUUGGCAUGAAGAGGAGAGAGCGCAUGGUGAAGAUGCCUCCUGCAGAUGGCUCCAUUUGUAGUGCAGAGGUUCUGGAGGUUGAAAAGUGCAUGAUGCCAGAAUGUCACACAAUACCAUGCUUGUUGACUCCGUGGUCUGAGUGGAGUGACUGCAGCGUCACAUGCGGGAAGGGUUUGAGAACACGACAGCGUAUGCUUAAAUCCCCCGUGGAGCUCGGAGAUUGUACAGAGGAGUUGGAACAGGUGGAGAAGUGCAUGUUACCAGAGUGUCCCAUAGACUGCAUCAUGUCAGAUUGGACCGAGUGGUCAGAGUGCAACAAGUCCUGCGGUAAAGGCCACACUAUCCGGACUCGCAUUGUCACCAUGGAGCCCCAGUUUGGCGGAGACUCCUGUACUGAAACAAUCCAGAGGAAGAAGUGUAAAAUUAGGAAGUGCAGUCGAGGACAAGCCAACAGCGACGAGAAGAGACGGCGCAAGGAGCAGCGUGAAAAACAGAGGAGCAAACAGGGCAGAGUCGAAGGCGCCUCUGAGCAUCCAGGUUGCAGAAUGAGGCCCUGGUCCASCUGGACAGAAUGCACCAAGCUCUGUGGUGGAGGYAUACAGGAACGACUUAUGACUGUGAAGCAGAAGUUUAAGACUGCCCAGCUGUCCAGCUGCAAGGAUAGAAAAGAGAUCAGGGCAUGCAAUGUCCAACCCUGCUAAGAUGURUCAAUGGGAGGAAGGCUGAAACAGGAAGAGACGCGGUCUGAGAAGAAGAAGAAGACAGAGCACACUGUCGCACAAUGAUCCAAUGCACUCUGUUUAGGGCUGAAACAACAACUUUCUUGAAUCUGUACGUGUAAAUCCAGAGCUCAGGUCAUUUGUUAUUAAGAGAAAAUGAACUUUAUGAUCUCUCUGGAAGUCUGUUGAUUCAACUUUGUUCAAUCUGCUGUGCUUCAAAAACUAGCUCUGAUACACAUAUAUCUCUUUUGCAGCAUUACUGUAAACUUAUU